CCACACUAUUAUCUCUCUCUACUCCUCGCCGAUUAGAUUCCACCGAAUCACAAUCCUCUCUCCUUCCAUGAUGCAGAGACCUCUUCUCAUUUCGUAAAAGAUUCUUCCUUUUUUUUUCUUUUCAAUCUCAGAUUCCAAAAAUGGCGCCUUUUGUUGAAGUAUGCAGGUACAAGCCUGUAGUACCCUUCUCGUUGACCUCCUCCUCCUCUCUCUGUACAUGUCCUUGCCGUCGUUCCACUCCUAGAAACUCUCUAACCCUUCCUCAGCUCCCAGAAAAGUACUCUAAUCUGCGUCUCCUCUGCUCCAAACCGUCGUUUCGUUCUGUUAACAACCGCCGUGUCAUCACCGCCGUUGCUAGAGUUGAAUCAGAGCAGCUUGGUGACGAUGGUAACUCAAAGGAGGGAGACGAAAGAGAUAAAGAAGUGCAAAAUGUGGAGGAAGAUUCGAGUUUAGACCAACAGAAGGCGAAAUCAAGAAGCCAGUUGAAGAAAAGGGUAGUGUUCGGUCUAGGGAUAGGAUUAUCUGUAGGAGGUGUUGUGUUAGCUGGAGGAUGGGUUUUCACGUUAGCAUUAGCAGCUGCGGUGCUUCUAAGCGCUAGAGAGUAUUUCGAGUUAGUGAGAAGCAAAGGAAUUGCUCGAGGGAUGACACCUCCUCCUCGGUAUCUCUCUAGAGUCUGCUCAGUUAUAUGUGCCCUUAUGCCCAUUCUUACAUUGUACUUUGGUCAUAUGGAUAUCGCGGUGACAUCAUCUGCUUUUGUUGUUGCGAUGGCCUUGUUGUUACAGAGAGGAAAAAACCCGCGUUUCUCUCAGCUGAGCAGUACUAUGUUCGGGUUGUUUUACUGUGGCUAUCUUCCUUGUUUUUGGGUUAAGCUGCGUUGUGGUCUCACUGCUCCUGUUCUUGGAAGAAGCUGGCCUGUUCUCCUCGGUGGUCAAGGGCAUUGGACUGUUGGACUUGUGGCGAUAUUGAUUUCGUUUUGCGGUAUCAUUGCCUCGGACACGUUUGCCUUUCUUGGUGGCAAGGCGUUUGGUAAGACUCCGCUUAUAAGCAUUAGUCCAAAGAAGACAUGGGAAGGAGCUGUUGCAGGACUUGUUGGUUGUAUUACCGUUACCGUUUUACUCUCCAAGUCUUUGUCAUGGCCUCAGCCUCUUGUCAGCACAAUAGCUUUUGGGGUUCUUAACUUCUUAGGAUCGGUCUUUGGUGACUUGACCGAGUCAAUGAUCAAACGUGAUGCUGGUGUCAAAGACUCCGGUUCGCUGAUACCUGGACACGGUGGGAUAUUGGAUAGAGUUGAUAGUUAUGUAUUCACUGGCGCACUAGCCUACUCCUUCGUAAGGCUUCAUGGAGUUUGAUGCUACGGUGACAGUGUUAUAGCUUCAAGAACGCUUGCAGAGCGGCGCAUUUUCCCUCUCCACGAAAGUGAAAUUAUAAGAAGAGGAUCAGAGCAAAUGGACUGUAGAAAUUCUGGUAGUGAGCUUCCCGGUUUAUUGUUUGAUUGAACCGGUAUAGAAUUUUUUUCGGUUCAAUGCGAGUGCCGGUACAGUAGGCAAAUUCUCGGGCCGUUGUCUGACCGGUUGGUUAUUUUUAGCAAAGAUUCAUUUCAAUU